AUGACGUACGACGGCGCGAGCGACGCGGAGGAAAUCGCGCGCGCGGUGAAGACGUUCGACGCGAUCAACGCGCUGCGACGAGCGACGGAGGAGGACGCGGGGGAGGGGGAGGACGCGAGACGCGCGAGAAAGCGCGCGGCGGCGCUGGAACGCGCGGCGGAGCGCGCGAAGCGCGCGAAGGCGAAGCGACAGGGCGAGGGAUUCGAUGGGAAUAAAAAUGUGAAGUCGACGGGGGCGUACGUGACGGGGCUGCCGUCGGACGCGACGGAGGAGGAGUUGGGGGAGGCGUUUAAAAAGUGCGGCGUGGUGAAGCUGGACGCGAAGACGGGACGAGCGAGGGUGAAGGUGUACAGGGAUGCGGACGGGAAGGUGAAGGGAGAUGGGUUGGUGGUGUUUUUGAAGGCGCCGAGCGUGGAUUUAGCGAUCGCGCUGUUGGAUCAGACGGAGUUGAGGCUUGGGGACGCGACGACGAGGAUGACGGUGACGGCGGCCAAGUUUGAGGCCAAGGCGCGGGGGGACGACGAAGGUGGGGGGGCGAAAGUCGCGGCGAAAGCGAGCGGUGGCGGCGCGCGAAUGACGAAGGCCGAUCGCAAACGCGCGGCCGCUCUUCUGAAAAGGCAAGAGGCGGAGGCGUUGGGAUGGGCGGGUUUCGACGACGACGUCGACGCGAAGAAGCUCAUCGUCGUCUUGCGGCGGAUGUUUACUUUAGAAGAGAUGUACGCCGACGCAAAUUUGCGUAAAGAGCUCGAAGAAGACGUUAUGGAGGAAGCGCAGCGUACGUGCGGGCCGGUGAUGAGCGUGAAGACGUACACGACGUCGCAAGAUGGAACGAUGACGAUUCGCUUCAAAUCUCUCGAAGCCGUCGAAGCGUGCGUCAAGGCGUGGAACGGUCGCUGGUUUGACGGUAGACAAAUAGAAGCCUCGAUGUGGGACGGAAAGAGUAAGUUUGUGAGCCAACGUGACGAGAGCGAGGCGGCGCAACGUGCGCGGUUAGACGCGUACGCCGCCGAACUCGGCGGCGGCUCGGACGCCGAAGACGCCGAAGACGACGACGACGACGUCGACGACGACGACGAACAUUCCGACGACGAACAAUAG